GGGCGGGGCAAGUCAGCCGUCUCACACGGCGACGAGUGGUCGGAACCUCCUUCCCUCUCCUUCCCCUUCCCCUUCCCUUCCCAGGAAAGGCUGGGACCCGGCACCCGGGCUAUCCCGUGGCCGCUGCGGCCUCAGCUCCAGCCCGGCCAGGGUACGGAGAGGCCAGACCGCGUCCAGGGCGAGUGCUCCUGAUUGUGACAUCACAUCCAUCCACUUGGCAAUGGAGUUUGUCACUAGGAAGGAAGACUCAGUCGGAGAAUAGCCAACAAGAUGGGUUACUGGGAGCGUCUCCUGAGUGGCGCUGAUUGGAGGCAUCAGGGGGUUGGAGCCUUGUGAACAGGGAACCUGCCCCCCAACACUUGGAAGGACCUGGGUUUCAGUGAUGAGACAUGGGGUAUGAUGUAACCCGUUUCCAGGGGGAUGUUGACGAAGACCUUAUCUGUCCUAUUUGCAGUGGAGUCUUGGAGGAGCCAGUCCAGGCACCUCAUUGUGAGCAUGCUUUCUGCAACGCCUGCAUCACCCAGUGGUUCUCUCAGCAGCAGACGUGUCCGGUGGACCGUAGUGUUGUGACGGUCGCACACCUGCGCCCAGUACCUCGGAUCAUGCGGAACAUGUUGUCAAAACUGCAGAUUGCCUGCGACAACGCUGUGUUUGGCUGCAGUGCUGUUGUCCGGCUUGACAACCUCAUGUCUCACCUCAGUGACUGUGAGCACAACCCAAAACGGCCUGUGACCUGUGAACAGGGCUGCGGCCUGGAGAUGCCCAAAGAUGAGCUGCCAAACCACAACUGCAUCAAGCACCUGCGCUCAGUGGUGCAGCAGCAGCAGACGCGCAUCGCGGAGCUGGAGAAGACGUCAGCUGAACACAAGCACCAGCUGGCGGAGCAGAAGCGAGACAUCCAGCUGCUAAAGGCAUACAUGCGUGCAAUCCGCAGUGUCAACCCCAACCUUCAGAACCUGGAGGAGACAAUUGAAUACAACGAGAUCCUAGAGUGGGUGAACUCCCUGCAGCCGGCAAGAGUGACCCGCUGGGGAGGGAUGAUCUCGACCCCAGAUGCUGUACUCCAGGCGGUAAUCAAGCGCUCCCUGGUGGAGAGUGGCUGUCCUGCCUCUAUUGUGAACGAGCUCAUCGAAAAUGCCCACGAGCGUAGCUGGCCCCAGGGUCUGGCCACACUAGAGACAAGACAGAUGAACCGGCGCUACUAUGAGAACUACGUGGCCAAGCGCAUCCCUGGCAAGCAGGCUGUUGUUGUGAUGGCCUGUGAGAACCAGCAUAUGGGUGAUGACAUGGUCCAGGAGCCUGGCCUUGUCAUGAUAUUUGCGCACGGCGUGGAAGAGAUAUAAGAGAUCUUGACGGUCUAUGAGGAAGAGGUGGAAAUCAGAAAAUCCCAUCACUGCAGCAGCUGGGCCCUGAGUCCUCCCCACUCUCCUGAAUACCAUGGCUCACACUGGGGCCACACAUCUCCCUGCUCUUGUGGCACUGAAGGGCCCCAAGGCACCUGGCUCAGCCUUUCAGGUGGGAAACCCAGAUUCCCUCCUUUUGCCUAAUUUCUUCCCUUAAGAUGUCUGUAAAUUUUCACUCUGGUUGGGAAAGUCCCCACCUCUAUAUCUGUUUUCCUGCCUAGAGUCCCUGGUUCCAGAUAUUUUCAGAAAGCACAAAGAUACUCAUUUUCUCUAGAGGAUCAGGGCGGAGUGAGGAAUCUCUCAUCUUUCCCCUCCUCCCAAAGCAGGGAAUCUGAGCAGGCAGGCCUCUUGACUCUCAACGACAGUUAGAGGGCAGCUCUGGGGAGCAGACAUCCUGAAGAAAUGGUAAGGGUGGAACCAAAACCCUAGAAGUAAAUAAUGAGGCCAUGAACUGGCCAUCACUGAUGGCCCUUAGGGGAAGACUGGACCUCUGUGCCAAGCAAUACCCUGCUCAGCCCACCUUGAAAGUGUGGGCUCCCGCUGGGUCUGCAGGUAUGCAGGUUGGGAUGCCGAAAAUUUCCAGAUGAGCUCUUCUUUCCUACACUUUCUCAUAAUUAGGGAAUGACAGGGUUGGGGGUAGGGGGUUAGUUUGUUGGGGUGAAUAUGCUCAGCAGGAAGCAGCUCUGGCUUUUGCUGAAAUCGGGUGGACACUGCCUCUUGUGGCAUAGGCCAUAAUAGUUCCAUAGACCCCUCCAGCCCUGUGAUUGUAACUAGCUAUUUUGAUAAUUUCCUUUGGCCAUUGUUGUUUGUUUAUAUUUCCCUCCCUCCUACUUUUUUUUUUUAGAAUGGCCUGGUUAUGGCUACCCCACUUUUCCAACCCAGCCACACUGUUGGCAAUUUAAUUUAUUUACCUUUUUUUUUAAGAAAGGAAAAAGAAAAAAAAUUAACAAAACUUAAAGCUUUUCUUUUGCUGUUCCUAUUGUGGGGAUUCUGGAUAGGGUGGGACAGGGGUGGGGUCUGUUUUAUAUUUUUCCUUUUCAGCACAACCUUUGGCUUUAAUAUAGGAAGGGCCCAGGGAGUCCUUGGCUGAACUUAUGUCUGCCCCAACCCUGCAUAACCCCAUCUGAGAGGUGGAACUCCCUCUGUUCCAGCAGUGGAUAUGACAGUUCAGCAUCGAUGCCUGUGUCCUCUAGACAACUUUGCUCCUAGCCCUUCCAGGGUCUCGUCGUAAAGCUCUGUAUUUAGAGUAUUAAUUUUGAAGACAUUUCUACUCCCCUGGUUUCCUUGGAGAUAUAUAGCUGGUUUUAAGCUUCACCAGGCAAGAUGGGAUAGACAUUAUGUCUCUAUGUCCCUGAGUACAGCCUGUGCUCUGGCUCAGUCAUGCCCCCUAAGGACUUAAGCUCCAUUUCAGGCUUCCCAGGGCAUUCCUUGACCCUCUGGGUGACUGGCGGAGUAAGGGAAGGGGAGGGUAUGAUUGUUUUAAUAUGCAGGUGGGAGUGGGGUUGAAGAGAGAUGGCCAUAUUAACAGCUUCUCUUUGGAGUUUUAUUCCAGGCCAGCUUGCUGUAGGUCUGGGUGGCUGGGUCAUGGCUCCACUGGGAUUGGGGUGGAGGGAGUAGGGAACAGUCAUUUGUUCCAGCUCCAGGACACUGCGCUCAGGAAUUUGAAAACGCUGCUAUACUUAGUCUGGUUACUGCAUUUCUUCCACUCCCCCUGCCCCUGCCCGCCUUACCAAGGCCCAUACCCUCCUGUCAUCACCCUCACAUGGAGCCAGGAAGCUCAGUUAAGGCUUCCCUUCCCUUUGCACUAGUGUCUCUGCGGAUUGCUGCUUGUGUUACAUGUGCUGUUCCAUGGUGUUGACUGCACUAAUAAUAAACCUUUUACUCAACUCUAAAUUCUUAA